AUGGGGCUAUUACUAAAAAGUUUAUUUUUUAAUGCUUUCAUAUUUGCCUAUCUUCGCGUCACGAAAGGUUGUCAUAUUGAUGGUGUAACCAAUUGGCUUUUACCAGUAACUGAAACAAUAUUGGAUACUUAUAGUGGAAAUAUUUUUGAUAGAUCAACUUCAGAUAUUGUAGGAAUUUCAAAUAUAAUUCAUAAUGAAGGGCUUAAUGCUGGACCGUACGUUACCGUAGAAUUUACUGAUAAUAAUCGUCUCGUUGUUUUUACCAAUAGUAACUAUACAAUUUAUGAAGAACUCGAAACAGCAUUUGCUUUUACUUUUUCGGUAACAUUAAAUUGCUUGGGCGGAACGACACGUAUUUUGGUAUUCGAGAUAAAUGUAUCAGACACAAAUAACAAUGAUCCUCAAUUCAAGCCAACAAGCAACUAUGAAAUCACCAUCGCCCCACCUCUGCCACCAGGCUUUUUAAUAACAAACUGCGUUAACGAUAUUAUAGUCAGAGAUAUAGAUCUCACAACAGAAAGAAUUGACUUCGCACUCGAGGGUAGUCCACUGUUCGAAAUAGUCUACGACGAGUCCUCUUCAGUCCCCAAAGAAUUCAAAGCAAUCUUGAGAACUACAACUUUCAUUAGAUCAAUACCUGAUCCGAUUAUCCUCACCGUAACAGCUACGGAUGUUGAUAGAACUAAUGAUCCUCGACGAACUGCUACUGCUACUGUGAAAAUAUUAACGGAUGGCGACUUUGAGUUUCCAGACGAGCCUAUUUUCUCACAGACUUUUUACUUAGCGAGUUAUAAUAAGGACGAUGGAUUUGUUCUUCAAAAUUCCAUUUACCUACGUCAAGGCUAUGACAAACAAGUUGUGUUUAGCUUUCAAACACAACACUCACAGUAUUUCGAGCUAAUAGUCAACGAAAAUGAGGUGUCAUUUGAAGCAAAUGCCCUACCAGAGGAAUUGUAUAAAGAAAGACAGAUCUACAUCAUUGUUAAGGCAGAAAGACAAUAUACAAGUGGCGCUACAGCUACUGUUAUACUUCAAUUGCCAGAUGAGCCAGAAACAGAAGACGAAGUUGAAUUUUUUGAUAAAGUUCUUUAUAACGGGCAAAUUGAAGAUGGUGUUGCAAAUCAUGAAGUCAUUACAAUAACAAGAUAUAAUGGUUCAAGUAUACUACUAUUUGGAGAAUACGCAUCUUCCUUUGAGGCUACGUUAUUAAAUGACCAAAUAUCAGUCAUUCCUAGAGCUUCAGCCACUUUUCCUACCGAGAUAUCACACAUUGCUAUCGCUCUGCAGGGUGGUAGAGCUACAGCUGUUCUAGUAUUUAAAAUUAUUUCUUCAGGAUCAGAAGUUGAAGCAAUUGAAUCUUUUGAUGAAGUUCUUUAUCGUGGAACACUCAAUAAUGGCAAUGUUAUACAUGAAACUAUCACGUUAUCAGAAUAUAAGGGUUCAGAAGUAUUACUCACAGAAGACUACGCUUCGUCUUUUGAGGCAUCAUAUACAAACGGUAUAGUAUCAGUACAAACGCGCACUUCAGCCACUUUCCCAACUGAGCUCCCACAUAUUGCGCUUACGUUACAAGCUGGAUCAGCAAAAUCUGUAUUACUGUUGAAAGUUAUCUCCUCAGAAUCUGAAAUAGAAAGUUUUGAUAAAAUUCUGUACAAAGGAGACCUGAAAAAUGGUAUUGUCUCUCAUGACGUCAUUAUAUUAUCAAAUUAUGACGAUUCUAAUGUACUACUUUCAGGAGAUUAUGCUUCUUUUUUCGAGUCUUCGGUGUCCGAUGGCAAGGUGUCCGUGCAAACGCGCGCAUCAGCUUCGCUUCCAUCUAGACUCACGCAUGUUGCACUCACUCUACAGGCAGGAAGCGCCAGAGCAGUAUUGGUACUAGAAGUCAAUGAGUCUGAAUCUGAAACCAAUAUUGAAAGUUUCGACGAAGUUCUGUACAAAGGAGCUCUAAACAAUGGUGUUGUAUCUCAUGAUGUUGUUUUAUUAUCAGAUUAUACUGAGUCAAAUAUAAUUCUCUCUGGAGACUAUGCUUCGUCCUUCGAAUCGUCGUUAUUAGACGGCAAGGUGUUGGUGCAGAAGCGGAUAUCUGCUACUCUCCCUCCCGAGAUUACAUAUAUCACACUCACUCUACAGGCAGGAAGAGCUAGAGCAGUUCUGGUGCUAGAAGUUAGAGAGUCUGGUUCAGAAACUGAUGUGAGUGCAACAUUUGACAAAAUCCUAUACACUGGAAAAUUGGAAGAUGGAAAUGUUUCACAUGAGAUAAUUACGAUACGAGAUUUUAGUGGUUCAAAUAUUCUAAUUGCCGGAGCCCAUUCAUCGCUUUUCGAGUCGUCGCUAUCUAACGGUGUCGUGACAAUAAGGGCGCGCACAUCUGUAGAGUUUCCUUCAGACCUCACGCACAUUGCGCUGACUCUGCAAGCGGAAAGAGCUAGCUCUGUACUGCUGCUAGAUAUCAUUGUAACAGGAUCUGAAAUCGAUACAAUUGAAAGUUUCGACAAAGUCCUGUAUAGAGGAAACAUAACAACUGGUGUUGUGUCUCAUGAUGUUAUUUCAUUAUCAGAUUAUUCUGAAUCAAAUAUACUUCUCUCAGGAGACUAUGCUUCGUCCUUUGAAUCGUCGUUGUUAGACGGCAACGUGUUGGUGCAAAAACGGAUAUCUGCUACUCUCCCGCCCGAGAUCACACAUAUCACACUCACUCUACAAGCAGGAAGAGCUAAUGCGGUAUUGGUGCUAGAAGUUUUUUCAGAUUCAGAAAUUGAUGUGAGUGCAACAUUUGACAAAGUCCUAUACACUGGAAAAUUGGAAGAUGGAAAUGUUUCACAUGAGACAAUUACGAUACGAGAUUUUAGUGGUUCAAAUCUUCUAAUUGACGGAGAUUAUGCGUCUUCGUUCGAAUCGUCAAUAUCAAAUGGUGUGGUGUCAGUGCGCGCGCGGGCGUCUUCUAUCUUGCCACCUGAUCUCACUCACAUAACACUCAUAUUGCAGGCAGCGUGCGCUAGGUCUGUGCUGUUGUUGGAAGUUGUUUCAGGGUCAACGCCUGAAGAAGUUGAAUCUUUUGAUAAAAUUCUUUACACGGGAAGAAUAACAAAUGGCUUAGCAUCGCACGAAACUAUUUCUAUAUCACAAUAUAAUGAAAAUAUAUUACUCUUAGGAGAACAUGCCUCGUUAUUUGAGUCAUCGCUAUCAAACGGCAUAGUAUCAGUGACGGUACGCACCUCAGCGAUUUUCCCGAAUGACCUAACGCAUACUGCCCUCACGCUACAAGCAGGACGAGCUCGUGCCGUUUUGCUCCUGGAUAUUACUAUAUCAAACGAUCUGCCAUUAAUUACUUUCGAUAAACCAUCGUACUUCCUAUGGGCUAAUGUCGGUCAAACUGGUAUUGUGGGAAAAGUGCAAGCAACAGCGAACAAUGGGGAUACGGUGACAUAUUCCCUUGGAGUAAAUGAUGAUCACUUAAGAAGCCGUAUUACAGUCAAUAAUGAUGGGGAUAUUUCACUGUCAGACGUGGCUCAGGUGGGCGUUUACAGCUUCAGUGUUACGGCGACUGCACAAAAUAGCCAAGCCAGCGCGUCUGCUCCGGUAAUAUUACGAGUUGAUGAUUUGCCACAAUGUCCCAUCAGUAAAGGUUUGCCACCUUUAAUAGUAUUAGAGAGACUUGAAGAAGAGCCUCAUCAACAUCUUGUUACGUUAAACCGGACGGAGUACCCCGACUGCCGAUAUAGUUUAUCUAAUAUCUGGCCUGUGGACCAAUCGUGGUUAUACGCAGACAGUGAUGGUUUACACACUAGGGCCAUCGACCGUGAACACAAAUCAAUCGCCUUUAUGACUUUAUCUCAGAUCCAAGUAGAAUUAAGACUUCAUUGUGACAAUGACGAAGCACCGGCCACAAAACGUUCACUAACUGCAGAGAGUCUCGAACUCGGGCCUGAUAACUAUGGCUCUAAUAAAUGGGUCCUAGCCGAUACUAUUGAGUAUGACGAAAGGCGUAGCUUUGUAAACCUAAUCGUCAACGAUAUAAAUGAUAAUUCACCUAUAUUUAUAGGGAAGGAAAAUGAACCAAUUUAUAUCGGAUAUCCUAUACCUGAAAUUGAAAAUGUAGUUCUACCGCGUGCCUUAAUUGAAGUCAAGGCAACUGAUGCUGAUAUCGGCGAGAAUGCAGCCCUUAUUUACUCUAGUUCGGAAGAUGUUCUGGCGGUUGCGCCUCUUACGGGCUUGGUGCAUGUGCGUAAUAAUGCUCAAUUGCUAAACAACUCGCGCCUAACUGUAAUCGCCACAGAUCAGAAUGGGAGAGGUCUAAGCGGCAAUUUGGAUUUUGUGGUGAUGCUACUUGAUAAACAUCAAAUUGCUGUUGUGACUAUUCAAGAUGCGUUUUUAGAUGAUGAAAAUAUAGUAAUAGGUGACCUAAGCACAGCUAUUGGAUAUGAAUUAAAAGUAUUAAGAACUGUUGUAGUAUCUGAAAGUAAUGAAAAUACUCUAAGAAAAGAACGUGCUGUAACAAGUGGAUCUGGUGCAUCAUUGCAGCUUUAUGUUUAUGGGGUGGAAGAAAAUAAACCAGUCGAUGUUACUAAACUAACUAGUGAUAUCACUAACAAUAAUAUAGUGACAGUAAAUGUAGCGAGUGCACUAUCACUUCAAGAUCAUCUCGAAACUAUCGAAAUAUGUCCAGUUCAAGGCAUAGCUCUCUUAGUGGCUACCAUAAUCCUUGCAGUCCUGUUACUCAUAUUAAUUUUAGCAAUAGCGUUAUGGUUUUUCUUAAAAUGGAGGAAAACACAAAACUACGAGCAAUUUAGUGAUCGUAACAGUGUGUUAUCGCGUAAUGACACUGUCGAAUUUCCUAAAAUUGAAAAUAUAACAAAACCCAGGCUAAAUAUUAGUGAACUAAAGAGAAGUGAAAGGAGACUUCAAGAAAUGCUCGACAUACCAAUUCAAGAUGUUAGAAUGGAACCUGAAAAAGAAGGAAGCAAUCAAAUAGAACCACCGCCAUCACGUGAAACAAUAGUAAACUUUUCCACACCUGAAAUGCCUAUAGUUAUACAGUCAAUCGAUAAACUGAAAGACAAUGCGGACGAGUCUGAAGAGGAUGAUGAAUUCGGGGAAAAACAAAAGCAAAAACCAAGAAAAUCUGUUGUUACGUUCAACGAAAACGUAGAAAAGAUCAUUCAUUUAGAAGAUGGAAUUGAAGACAGUCCUGACUCGGACAUAGAAAUUUUUAAAUUU